AGCAGCACCAAAUACAGCACUCAACAGAGUUUAGGCACCAGAGACGACGGCCACUCCCAUUUGCAUCUUCGCGAAGUGGGAUUCGCAGCCAAAGACGUCGCCUCAAUAGCAGCUGCCUCGCUUGAAGUGAAACCGACAUGCCAGGCAGAGGAACUGCUAAUUGCACGCAAUCGUUUGGCAGGAUCACACAAUACAGUUCUUAGAGGGAAUGACGCAGGCAUUUCUUUUGCAGCGUUGGACUUUCGUUUUAUAAGGAAAGCAACCCAAAUGAAUGCCAAUCAACCGCUGAGCCUGGAGCCAAAGGUGGCUGCUGUCAAUGUUGCUGCUGUGUCAGUUGCUGUUGCAGAUGCCAACUCAACAGCAACAUCAAGCAAAUCUCUGACGCCGUCCAGUGUCGAAGCCAAACAGAAUGGUCAGCACAUACAUGAGGAUCAGCAGAGGUCCAUCAAUGGUCACAGCAACUUGACCAUCAUCAAAACGCCGCUGAACAAAACGUUGCUCAAGAAAUGCAACAAUAAUAACAACAGCAACAACAGCAAUGGCAACCUGCCGCAUGUUGCACUAAAUAACAAUAACAGCGGCAGCGGCAGCAGCAGCAGCAGCAGCGGCACCAACGCUGGCAGCGGCAGCGGCAGCAACGUUGUCGUCGUCGCUAAAGUUGACGCCGGCGCCGACGUCGACGGCGAUGCCGACGAUGCUUCGAGUUUUGGUUGCGAUUCCGGUUUCCAAAGCGGAAAUAACAAUGAAAAAGAACAAUUUAUGAAUGAUAAUCAUCAUCAUCAUCAUCAUUACCAUCAUCAUUAUCAU